AUGCGCUCUGCAUCGACUCGCGCGGUGAGCGGCUUCGUCUGCCAGUCCUGUGCUGUGCUCCCACGCUCCACGGGUCCUCUCGGCCGACCCCCCAUCGUCCCCAGCCGCCGAAACGCAAAGCCAUUGCCGACGUGGAGAGCCGCUGGCGGCGCUCGCUGGACCAGCAGCGAUGCGGCAGCCUCGCAGAAUGGCCUACAUCCCCGGAGAGACGCCGCGGCUGCCGCCGCGGCUGCCGCGCCGUCGCCGCCCACCAAGGUCCAACGCAUCACUGACCCGGCCGAGCUCGCAGCCCUUGCCGAGGACAGCUGCAACAAAAUCCAGUCCAUCGACGGCAUCCCUGAGCGGCCGGUGACCGAGGCCGCCCUGCAGGCGUGCCUACGCGCCGCGACCGCCCUCCACCCACAGCUGCGACGCUCUGCCGCAGCCACCGGAGAGGCGCAGGGCCGGGCGUCCACCGCGCGGCUCGCCGCCCUCACCGGCGAGCGGCGGCCGGGAUCCAAGCUGCCCGCCGUCGACGCGCGCGUCGCCGAGGCCUCGAACCGCAUCUCCCACGCCGCGUGGCGCGUCCUCAGCCACCCCAACGUCGAGAUGGCGCCUGAGCUGCUCGAGGCGUACGUCCGCGUCCAGCACCAGCUCGGCCGCCCUGAGUCGCUCCCAGCCGCCCUCGACCUCUACGCCAAGAAGAGCAAGCCUGUUGCCGCUGCGGCCGCGGCCGGAAACGCCAGCGUCGUCACGUACCGCCGCACGAACCCCAACGCCGCGUCCCGCGCCGCCGAGACGCACGUCGUCGACCUCGCGCUGCAGACGGCCAUCGACGCCAAGAACCUCGACGCCGCGCUCGGUGUCAUCGAGGCCGGCUUCUGCGUGCCCGCUUUCCGCCGCGCCAAGCUCAUCAAGCACGGCACCGCGCCGGCCCUCGGCCUGAUGGCGCUGCCCUUUGGCGUCGUCGGCCUGUCCACCGCGUACGCCGCCUACUGGCAGAACACCAUGGACGUGACGACCGCGACCGCCAUCGGCGCCGCCGGCAUCUCGGGCUACCUCCUCGUCGUCGGCUCGCUCGGCGUCAUCGCCAAGCUCAGCCACAAGGACCAGAUGCGCCGCGUCACCUGGACGCCCGGCACUCCCCUUCGCUACCGCUGGAUGCGCGAGGAGGAGCGUGCCGCGCUCGACAAGGUUGCGCUUGCCUGGGGCUUCAAGGAGCCCUGGCGGCACGGUGAGGAGACGGGCGCCGACUGGGAGGGCCUGCGCGAGUAUAUGGGCUACCGUCAGAUGCUUCUUGAUCGUGUUGAGUUCAUGGACGGCAUGAGCUAG